UUAAAAGCAUUAUAAAAAUAAGUUAUAAAUUUAAAGAACAAAUAAUUAUAUCGACAUGUCAAUUUUCCACUUCCUUGAAAAACUGAUUAAAGUUAGUAAUGAAACGAUCACCGGAAAUAAACUGGAAUUUCCGGCAAUGUCUCUUGGAUCUACCAUUGUGAUUGGAGAGAUGAAUUGCGUCUCACUAGAAAGAACGAAUAGCGUCAUGUUAAUACAGGCUUAGAGGGAAUCGGAAACUGUUGCUGACUCUCUUUCUUUCGGUCGUAAGCCGGCACCGGUUCACCAUAAGAACCGACUGUGACGCGUGCCAACUGCUCCGAAAUUAUUCUGGUGCGCAGUACACCGUUGCAUUUACUGAUCUCAUCAGUUCGACCAGCCCACUUUAUAUUUUCUGACGUGAUUUUAACGCGGUAAGCUCUAAACGAUACACGAUGGCGGCAGUUGACUGUUACCAGAAUCAAGCUCAGACCGAGAGUACCGGCCAGACACAAACUCAACAACAGCAGUCUCAACAGCAAUCCCAACAACAACAACAAUCACAGUCACAACAGCAACAACCACAACAACAACAAGCUACCGCCGGAAUUCCAGGCAAAGAUGACGAACGCAAACUUUUUGUUGGUGGCCUAUCGCGUAAUACUACGGACAAAGAAUUACGAGAUCAUUUUAGUAAAUUUGGUGAGAUUGAAAGUAUCUCUGUUAAAAUUGAUCCUUAUACCGGUAUUUCACGAGGUUUUGCGUUUAUGGUAUUUACUAAUCCCAAAACGAUCGACAAACUUCUGGCUUCAGGGGAGCAUUACAUCAAUAAAAGAAAGGUGGAUCCCAAGCGGGUGAGUAAAAAGCCACAACAUGGUAAAAUUUUUGUGGGAGGCCUCACUCCUGAAAUUACCGAUGAAGAUAUCAAAACAUAUUUUGGACAAUAUGGUACAAUUGUUGAAUUGCAAGCACCAUUUGAUAAGGUAAAAAAUCAGAGAAAAGGAUUUUGUUUCAUAACAUUUGACUCGAAAGAAGUUGUCUACAAAUUAUUAAAAACACCUAAACAAACGAUAAAUGGAAAAGAAGUGGAUGUCAAAAAAGUAAAAGUAAAUCCAGACCCAAGGAAUCAAGGAUUUUGGGGUCCAGGCUAUGGUUACGGUUAUGGCGGAGGCUAUGGUUACAUUCCUGAAUAUUGUAAUGGCUAUCAAGGGGGAUAUGACGAUAUGUACGCAAAUUAUGAUUAUGCUGGUUAUGAUGGAUAUGACAACAUGGGAUAUGGGGUUCAAGGUAAGCCACGAGGAAAUGGUCAGGGACCACGUCAAUUUCAAAGACAUCAGCCGUAUUAAAAAUGGAUUUAUGAAUUCUUUAUACUCAAAAUUUGGUGAUAAAGCAAGAAUAUAAGUAAGGAGUAGAACAUCUUUGAAUGCAGGCUAAGACUGAGAUAGGGAAAUUUGGGAUAAAAGAGCUUAUAGAGCCAUUAAAAGACUCUUAUGAAAGCCCCAAACUCCCUAAUCUUUGUAUGUUGGGUCUGUAAAAUACUAGAUAACUCUAUGUACAUUUACUAAAAAAAAAA